UCUAGAACCACAUUUUCCAAAAAUAAAAAGAAAGUUCAGUCUUUUGCAUAUAUUGGAAACACAAUCGGUGAAAACAUUGGGAAAAUAAGAGAAAAGUUCAAAAGCUUUGGCUAGUAUCAAUAUAAUUUUACAAAUAGAAGAUAAGAUCAUAAAAAUUUAAAAAAAAAAAAAUUUAAGAAGAAGAAGAAGAGGAGGAGAAGCAUACCAGUGAUAAGUACAAAAGAAGAGAAGGAAGGAAAAUAAGUGAAAGAGUGUGUGCUGACAGUGGACCCACCAUAUUCCACUUGUCAUGUUUAUAUUUCUCCUUCACGCAAGUAAUUAUGCAGGGACGAGUCUUUUGCCAACGUUUGUUGAAGUGGGACCCAAAAUUCACUUGGCAAAAUAUGAAAGGAGACUCACACAAGUUUUGUCUUCCACAUCUUUCUUGUGCCUUGCGCAUAAUAAAAUUUUCCAACUUGAAGUAUUAAUUUCCUAUUCAAGUCAUAAUCAUGUCUUUAGUGCCACGACGGCCAUAAUUGGCUAUGAGCUAAAUUCUAAAUACUUGAAGACACUGCUUUGAUUUUUUCCAAUAAUAAUUUUAUACUUGCAGAAAACUUAUUAGUGUUUGGUCUAUUUAUUGUCAUCAAGAACCAGUGUCAUUUCACCAAGGACAAAAAGACUAGUAGUAAAUUUUGCUUCUGUUAGAUUAUAACAUUUUUCAAGAAAGAAUGAAAGUUGAGAUAGAAAUCAUCUCCGAAGUGUCAAUCAAACCAUCUUCACCAACCCCAAAUGACCUUCACCAUUACCAACUUUCAUAUCUUGACCAAAUUACUCCUAAUAUUUUGAUGCCCCUUGUUUUUUUUUAUCCAGCAGCCGUUAACGAUAACAUCACUAACACACACAGAUCAGAUCAACUCAAGAAAUCUCUAUCACAUGUCUUAACCAAAUUCUACCCUCUUUGCGGACGUCUAGUGGCCAACUCCCAUGUCAAUUGCAACGAUGAGGGCAUACCAUAUGUAGAAGCCAUAGCCAAAUGCGACCUCUCUGAGUUCCUGCUUGAUCCAGUUCCUAAUGAACUUAACAAGUUCAUCCCUUCUGAUUUACAUGAUGUUAAAGAUAUUUGCUUACUAGUCCAAGCAAAUUUCUUUCAAUGUGGAGGAAUGGCUAUUGGUAUAGCCAUUUCUCAUAAGAUAGCUGAUGCAUUAUCAACUUUCAUGUUUAUCAAUACUUGGGGAGCUAUUGCUAGAGGGAAAACCAAUGUUCCUAGUCCAAUGUUCAAUUCUUCAAUACUAUUUCCUCCAAGAGAUACAUCAGAGUUAAAAUCAAGCAUCACAAUUGGGAAGGACAACAUUGUGACUAAAAGGUUUGUAUUCUCUGCUUCGAAAGUAUCAGCACUUAGGGAUAAGUAUACUGAAAAGGGCACCGAAAAUAUGAGACCUCCCUCGAGGAUCGAAGCUUUGUCAGCUUUCUUAUGGACUCGUUUGAUGGCGAGUAUUCAUGAGAAAAGGGAUGAAAACAAGAUUUAUGGUAUAGUCCAUACAGUGAACUUACGCAACAGAAGUAGUCCUCAAUUGCCUGAAUAUUUAUUCGGGAAUGUAAUGCAAGUAGUCGUUACACUACCAGCUAUGGAUAAUAAUAGUACUGCUGAGGAACAAGGUUUUGAGCUAGUGAAAAAAGUGAGAGAAGGUAUAGAGAACAUAAAUAGUGAAUUUGUAUCGGAUCUUCAGAAGAAUGAUGACAAGCACUUGAGUUUUAUCAAAGAGAAAGCAAGUGAGCAGAGGAAAGGUGGCUUAGUCUUGUUCAACUUCACUAGUUUGUGUAGAUUGCCUCUAUACAAAGCUGAUUUUGGUUGGGGAAAACCAAUAUGGGUGGGAUCAGCUAGCCUUGUUCUCAAGGAUGUUAUCGGUUUUCUAGACACAAAAUCAGGUAACGGUAUAGAAGCCUGGAUAAAUCUCAAAGAAGAAGACAUGGCUAUAUUUGAAGCUGACAAGGAGUUGCUCUCUUGGUGUAAUGAGUGAUCGUAAAAUUUAUAGGGUGGUAUUAUAUAGACAUUUACACAUACUGCUGCUUUUAGUCCCUUGAUAUGUUAUAAUCUUGAAAGUUUGUUUCUUAUAUUCCUCGAUCUUUUUGGAAACCAUUUCUCAUCUUCCGUAUAUAUUGAUGAA